GGUUUUCAAAACUCAGUUCCGUUAGCAGGAAAUCGACUCUAGGACCACCACCAACAAGAACAUCACAAAUUUAAGCGACAAACGCAGUGAAAAGUAAAACUUUGCGUUCGGGAUCUGGGAGAGAUUUGAGGAGAAGCUUUUCCAGGCGGGCGGUAACUGUAGUUCGCUCUUGCGCGUGGAGUUCAGCCGAUGGGAAAAAGUUUGGCUGUUUGUCACUGUAUCAGCUCAGUUUGUGACAUCCGUGAGAGAAGAGAUCAAUUACUGUCAAAAUGCCGAAAACGAUCAGUGUUCGUGUGACUACGAUGGAUGCAGAGCUGGAGUUUGCCAUCCAACCCAGCACCACAGGGAAACAGUUAUUUGACCAGGUUGUAAAAACCAUCGGUUUAAGGGAGGUGUGGUUUUUUGGACUGCAAUACCAGGACACCAAAGGCUUUUCUACCUGGCUUAAACUCAACAAGAAGGUUACGGCUCAGGACGUCCGCAAGGAGAGUCCUUUGCUUUUUAAAUUCCGGGCAAAGUUUUAUCCCGAAGAUGUUUCCGAGGAGCUGAUUCAAGAGGCGACUCAAAGACUCUUCUUCCUUCAGGUGAAAGAGGGGAUCCUGAAUGAUGAUAUCUACUGUCCCCCCGAGACCGCGGUGUUGCUGGCGUCGUACGCAGUGCAGGCCAAAUACACAGACUACAACAAAGAUGCUCACACACCUGGAUACCUGUCCAGUGAGAAACUGCUCCCACAGAGAGUUUUGGAGCAACACAAGCUGAAUAAGGAGCAAUGGGAGGAAAGAAUUCAGGUCUGGCACGAGGAGCACAAGGGCAUGUUGAGAGAGGACUCUAUGAUGGAGUAUCUGAAGAUAGCUCAGGAUCUGGAGAUGUACGGCGUGAAUUAUUUCAGUAUUAAGAAUAAGAAGGGAUCAGAGCUCUGGUUGGGAGUGGAUGCCCUCGGACUCAACAUCUACGAGCAGAAUGACAAAAUGACGCCUAAAAUUGGUUUCCCCUGGAGUGAGAUCAGGAACAUUUCUUUCAACGAUAAGAAAUUUGUCAUCAAACCCAUUGAUAAAAAAGCCCCGGACUUUGUGUUCUAUGCCCAGCGUUUACGCAUUAAUAAGAGGAUUCUGGCGUUGUGCAUGGGGAACCAUGAGCUUUAUAUGAGGCGCCGUAAACCUGACACCAUUGAGGUCCAGCAGAUGAAAGCACAGGCCAAGGAGGAGAAGAACCAUAAAAAGAUGGAAAGGGCCAUGCUGGAGGAUGAACGUAAGAAGAGAGAGCAGGCAGAAAAGGAGAAAGAGAAGAUUGAAAAAGAAAAGGAGGAGCUGAUGGAGAGACUCAGACAGAUUGAAGAACAGACGAGAAAAGCUCAGCAGGAACUGGAGGAGCAGACCCGCAGGGCGUUGGAGUUGGAUGAGGAGCGUAAACGCACUCAGGAGGAGGCGGAGCGUUUGGAGCGAGAGCGUCGCCUAGCAGAGGAGGCCAAAGCGGCUCUGCUGCAGCAGUCCGAGAGCCAGCUGAAGAACCAGGAGCAUCUGGCAACUGAACUGGCUGAGUUAACUUCCAAGAUUUCUCUGCUUGAAGAUGCCAAAAAGAAGAAAGAAGAGGAAGCAUCGGAAUGGCAGAAGAAGGCCGCCAUGGUGCAAGAGGACCUGGAGAAGACUAAAGAGGAGCUGAAGAAUAAAGUGAUGUCGGCCCAUGUCACAGAGCCCGUUCACGGUGAAAACGAUAAUGAUGAGGGUGAUGAGAGCAGCGCCGAGGCCAGUGCUGAACUCACCUCUGAAGCGGCUUAUAAAGACAGGAGCGAGGAGGAACGCAUGACAGAAGCAGAGAAGAACGAACGAGUGCAGAAACAUCUGCUGGCUCUUACUUCUGAGCUUGCUAAUGCUCGUGAUGAGACUAAGAAGACCCAGAAUGACAUCAUCCAUGCAGAGAAUGUACGAGCAGGGCGUGACAAAUACAAGACGCUUCGUCAGAUCCGCUCUGGAAACACCAAACAGCGAAUCGAUGAGUUUGAGUGCAUGUAAUGUACCACAAUAGGCCAGCAGGGGAAGCUACAGCCUGUUUUUCAUGUCAUACCUGCAGAGGAACUAAAGUACCCACAAUGCACCACUCCAACAGCCAGACCAGGCAGAAAAAUAAAGCCAAAUAUAGAUUAAUGCUGCACAGUCCCUUUAAUUCAAGAGUAUUGUUUGGGUUACCGCAUUAUAAUAAAGGGAGAUUUAUUUUUUGCUCUGUGUUUCGACAUGGAUGUAGCUUGUUUAUUUGAAAACAUAUUAAAGGUUUGCUGAUGAGCUGAACUUAGGGGUUUUCAUUUCAGUAAAAUUGGAGGAGCAGAACUGGGAUUUCAGUUUGAAUUAAAGCAUUCAAGUGUUAAGUGAUAAAUUACAUUUCAAAAACACUCCAGAGAGAUAUGGCAUAAACCGAGUGGACCAGUCGUAAGCCAAUGUGCCAAGACCGCAAAUCAAAUAAAUAUAGUUGAUAUCAAAUCAUAACUGCACAGUGCCAUUGUGAUAAUAACUUGGCUAUGAGAAUUUGUUAUAACAUUUUGUGCCUUUUCUAAUAAGAAAACUACAACAUAGUUUAAAGCACAUGCUUCAGAAUAUGGCUACCUGCCCCAUCAACCACUCUGCCAGUACAGGUAGCCUGUAUGAGCAAAAAAAAUAAAAAACGUGAGUGAGUGUGUGAGAUCCUUGUUGAUAAUUUCUUUAAUAAUGUAGCUCUCAGCUGCGGGUUUGUGGCUGCUCCCUGUUUGUGCCUUUCCACUGGAGGAAAGAAAGAAAAUAUCAAACUGUAUUUUUAGUUUAGUUUUAAAUCCUAUUCAUUUUUGAAGCUUUUUAAAAAUAAGAGACCGUUUUGUUGUUUUUGAGGCAUUUGAAUGCUUUUCGCAGUAUUAUUUUGAAGAAUCCUUUAAUAGAAUGAUAGUUAAAAACAUCUUCUGGGAUUAAAUUUCUCCCUUUUUAUUUCUGAACAGUAUUUACCCAGAUAGUGUACACAAUUUUAAAUAGCUCUGCACUUGUAGGUAGUGCCUUGGUUGUUUUUGUAAUCUAAAUUCAUGUAGCAAUGUGCUGCAAUGAAGCAAUAUGACAUGAUCCCAGCUGCUUUAGAAGAAUUUUUUAUUUGGAUCUUGAAAUAUCAGAACUGUUUUGAUGUACAAGAACAAUGGGUCUCUUUUAAGCUUGUUCUUGUCAUAUAUAGCUCUCUUGUUACUUGGGCGACAUGACAUUAUUCCGAAUUCCAUGUUUACCGCCCUUAGGCCGCAGGUGGCUUUUUCCUCAGCUAAUCACAGAAAAGAUUGCUGCUUAUAAUGUUUUCAUUGCAACUGUCAAUAAAAUAUUAAAAACAUUA